GAGAAGAGCCUCAGCAGCAGCAGCAGCAUGAGCAGACGAGUACAGAUAAUUUCUGUAAAUUCAUAAUUUAUACCAAUAAAUCCUAUAAUCAUGCCGAUGAAGGGCAGAUUCCCCAUACGGAGGACACUGGAGUAUCUGCAGAAAGGAGAAGUGGUGUUUAAGAAGUCCGUGCGGAUUAUGACCGUCAAUUAUAACACACAUGGAGACCUGAGUGAAGGAGCAAGGUCGUUUGUGUUCUUCAAAAUCCCUCAGAUCCAGUACAGAAACCCGUGGGUGCAGAUCAUGAUGUUCAAGAACAUGACGCCGUCUCCAUUCCUGCGCUUCUACCUCGAUGACGGUGAGCAGGUUCUGGUGGAUGUGGAGGGAAAACACUAUAAAGAAAUCACAGAACACGUCAAGAAGAUCCUCGGCAAGACUGAUGAAGUUCUGCAAGCUGAAGCUGCAGCUAAAAUGGAGCUGUUCAAUCCUGCAAACUUCGGGCCCAAGAAGUACUUCCUGCGGGAGUGCAUGAGUGAAGUGGAGGGCCAGGUUCCACAUCCCGGACGAGUCCCGCUGCCAAAAGAGAUGACCGGGAAAUACAAGGCCAAGAUGGCGGCAACCGCAGACGAAUAGAAAACAAAUCUUCUUCAGUCCUUUUGUUUAUUUUUUGUUGUUGAACUGUUGUACUUUUGAUAAACAUGACGUUAUAUUUUGAGGUUAAAUGUGUGAAUAAAAGCUGUUUUAUAAA